AUGCUCACCUUCAUAUUGAUAGCGAUCCUUCCCGUCGUUCUGGCGGGUACAUGCGCCAAUAUCCCUCCCCCUCUAUAUGAUGGGAGUACCCCUUUUAAGUACUGCGAGUUCCGUUUUGCGCACGACCGUCUCAACUGCGCCUACCAAGCAGUGCGCGCUGAUGCGGCCUGUACCUACAAUGUGGUAAGUUCUCUUUCUCUCGUUAAAACGUUGAUCCCUGGUCCGAUACGCGCCGCUGACGCGACACAGCCUGAUGGCUCAUUUGCUGGACGAAUCGCCUUCUACCCCAGCCAAACGUACGCUUUCGACCCAAAUUACGGCGCCGAUAUCUGUCCCGGCUCGGUCAGAUUCUUCGAGGGCACGCCCGGUCCGCAGACUGUCUGCUUCGACGACCCGUUCUCCUUCUCUGCCAGCUCCACAACUUCUACUCCUUCCACUACCACACCAACCAGUACUGAGCCCACCCCGACCCCGACCCCUACCCCACCUUGCUUUGCGCUCGACGUCCUCAACACCGCCUGCGGGGACUUUAGCGGCAAAGUUACCGCCAUCGUCGGUGGUAUCUGCACGAUAGCGCAAGACAUCAACGGCAGAGGCGCCAUUCUUGCUGGCCUCACCACCGCCAUGAGCUUCCUCGCUGGGAAGGCCAAGGGGGACUAUUCCGACUUUCAACUGUCGACGUCGUUACAGGUCGCUGGGCUCGUCAUUGGUCGCAUCGCUGCUGCCUUCAUCACAAAGUACCCUCCUGUCCUAGCCACUCUGGUGGCCAUUGAGGGUGCUUGUCAAUUUCGUAAGCUGGUAGAUACAGCUGGUACGGUGGACGUGGCGUGUAACUACGCGACCGGGAAAUUCUACGAGGCAUACGGCGCCGAUGUCGGUACCAAGUGUCCCCAGAAGCGUGACGUGUUUGCCGAAUUGAUAGGUGACUUGCAGAGUCCGAGGCUGCGAUCACGUCAAUCCGUAGACACUGAAGACCCCAACUACAACUUCUGCACCGAUGCACUGGCAACCAUCGAGCCCCUCUGCCAGGUGACCGAGUAUGCCAGUACGUGCGCCAACGACCUAGCUGUACUCAAAGCGGAGUCGAUACCGGGAGUGACGGCCGACCUUACAUCGCCCUUGGAAACGCUCUGCACCGACCUCUCUCCGUUCGGUCAGGCAAAACAAGAGUUGUGUGGGGAAAUUCUGCAAGCCAUUCGGGACUUUGAGCCAUUCUGUACUCGCGCCUUCAUUAAUGAGAUUGCCAUCGGCUACGACGCCCGCACCACCGACCCGGACCCGGACACUCCCCCAGCUACACCCUCCAAACGAUCCAUCAAGCGAGACUCUGGCUCACCCAAGUCCAACGCUCCUGGCUCUCUUCCACCUCCAGCAUACACCGACUUGCGCUGCGUCGCCCCUCUGGUCCCCUGCGCUCCAUUCGGGGACAUCGAUAUCUGGACGUGCACCAAUCUCCAAACUUCCAUCGACUCCUGCGGCGCCUGUCACCGAGCAUGCGAGCUAGAGAGCGACAGCGCAUUCGACGUCAGCUGCGUCGAUGGCGGGUGUGUCGCUCGGAACUUUACGCGCGUCGUCAGACCCGCUCCGGCUCGACAGGCACCCAAGUACGGCGUCAAGGCGAUCAUCUCCGAGCUUUCCAGGCGGCUGAAGGGGCAAUGGGGUCGAUGGGUAGGGAUCUAG